GUUUACAUGGGUGGAGGUGCCGCUGGAGCAGGGCGUGGCGUUACGUACUCUCCACCAAUCAGCUGAAGGCUCUUCUUCUGCCAGGCGCAGGACGGGCGGGGCUGUGCCCGGCUUCAACCAAUCAGCGCCGUCCUCUCCGCGAGCCAGCAGGAGUCCUCAGACAGGCGCCAGUCUGCACCGGAGCCGCUAUGCAUGCGCCUGCCUGCCUGCUGCUCGUGCUCCUCACGGGGACGAGGAUACAAGAACUCAGCGCCUUGCAGUGUCACUGCGACCGUUGCAGCGCCAACUCCAGCUGCAACACAGAUGGCGUCUGCUAUGCCGCCAUCCUGACGUCAAAUGGUCUGCCAGACAAAAACAGUCGGCACUGCAUACCUGAGGAAGAGUUGAUUCCACGAGACCGACCCUUCGUCUGCGCCUCCUCCACCACAGAAAACACCAAGAUUUUCCCCUUAUGCUGCAGGGAAGAUUACUGCAACAAAGAGGUGGACCUGCGUAACAUCACAAACAUCUUCCCGCCAAAACCUACUCCCAUCGACCCCGUGGCCCUCGCCGCUAUGAUCGCUUGCCCGGUGUGUGUGGUCUGCCUCCUGCUGGUUCUGGCCUUUUACAUCUGCCACAACCAGAGGGGACUGGGGGCCAGGGGGGCUGGGGCCCACCACCGUGUCCCGAAUGAGGAGGAUCCGACCAUUGAUCUCCCUUUCAUCGGCAUGGGAACAACACUGAAAGACCUCAUCUAUGACAUGACCACCUCCGGCUCUGGAUCAGGCCUGCCGCUGCUGGUCCAGAGAACUAUCGCCAGAACCAUCAUCCUCCAGGAAAGCAUCGGGAAGGGACGCUUUGGUGAAGUGUGGCGGGGUAAAUGGCGCGGCGAGGAGGUUGCCGUGAAGAUUUUCUCCUCUCGAGAGGAGCGCUCCUGGUUCAGAGAGGCAGAGAUCUACCAGACCGUCAUGCUGAGGCACGAGAACAUUCUGGGCUUCAUUGCUGCCGACAACAAAGAUAACGGGACGUGGACUCAGCUCUGGCUGGUGUCGGACUAUCACGAACACGGCUCCCUGUUCGACUACCUGAACCGCUACACCGUGACGGUGGAGGGCAUGAUCAAGCUGUCACUGUCUACGGCCAGCGGCCUCGCCCACCUCCACAUGGAGAUCGUGGGCACACAAGGAAAGCCAGCUAUAGCCCACCGGGACCUGAAGUCCAAGAACAUUCUGGUGAAGAAGAACGGCACGUGCUGCAUUGCUGACCUGGGCUUGGCUGUCCGCCACGACUCUGCCACAGACACCAUCGACAUCGCACCCAACCACAGAGUGGGAACCAAGAGGUACAUGGCUCCUGAGGUCCUGGACGACUCCAUAAACAUGAAACACUUUGAGUCUUUCAAGCGGGCUGACAUCUACGCCAUGGGCCUGGUCUUCUGGGAGAUCGCCAGCCGCUGUUCAGUAGGAGGCAUCCAUGAAGACUACCAGCUGCCCUACUACGACCUGGUUCAGUCAGAUCCAUCCGUGGAGGAGAUGAGGAAGGUGGUCUGUGAGCAAAAGCUUCGGCCCAACAUUCCCAACCGCUGGCAGAGCUGUGAGGCCCUGCGGGUGAUGGCCAAGAUCAUGAGGGAGUGCUGGUACGCCAACGGAGCGGCCCGCCUCACCGCUCUGCGCAUCAAGAAGACGCUGUCCCAGCUGAGCCAGCAGGAGGGGAUCAAGAUGUAGACAGCCUACUGCACACGUGCACGCUCGUGCACACCUCUGACUGGUUUCUACAUGGACAGAAGAGCUUUUCCAUCAUCGUGACGUCUCUCUGAGGGCCGAGCUGAGCCUUCCUCACACACACUUGGUGACUGAUGGAUGUUAUGAGGAUGGAGCCUCCUCUUCCUCACAUCCUUCCUCAUUACAGACCUUCCUCUUCAUCAGCUCUCCAUGGGGUCCUAAUGUUUUGGCUGCUCGAUCAGCUUCGGGAGCAUCAGUGUCUGAUCAGUCUGGGUUCUACAGAACCUGAAGAAGGAGCUGGUACCAGUCUGCACACGCUCGGUGUGUCAAAGGUUCAACCAUCCCACACAGGAAGACAGGGCAGGUCCAGCUGUGCAUGUGAGUCGAGUCACGUGCACGCUUGUGGCUCCUGCUUCCUGACCUCCUCAGUGCUGACCCCCUCAUGUGGUCAGCAGCGGGUCCCCCUGCGGUUCCGCUCAGACAAACUGGACUCAGCGACCAUUACUGCCAAACACGUGCACAUAUGCAAAACACAGCAGAUCCGCCGGUCUGCUAACCGGGCCAGAACCAACCAGCUGCCUCCAUGCCUUCAACCAGCUUCACAAAGUGCCGCCGCUCCAGCGCGCCUCCUCUGUGCGUGUGCAGAUGUGAAGGUGCAGAACCUGUGUGUACCUCUGUCACACACAGGCCUCCACAACACCCAGACCGCCUCCGCUCUCCAUCCUGCCCCGCAGGGCAAGGACCCAAUUCAUCCGAAUGUUUCAAACUGCAGGACUGAACCUGGAGGUUCUGUGAAGGGUCCACAUGUAGCUCCUGUACAGCUGAUUCUGAAGACUUUAGGUCCACUUUGGCCAGACUGAAGACAUUUGCAGAGCCCGGAUAGGGCUGGGUUUCACCUCUGUUUGGUUCUGAUUCUCAAAUGUUUGACAUUGUUAAGGAAAAGGUUGAUUUUAUUUGAGUUUAUCCCAAACCCUGUGAUUGAUGAACGCAUGAAUAGAAGAAGGGAGCGAUGUUUGCUGAGUCAUGCUCUGACGUGAACAUCCCAGCGUUACCAGGAACGCUUUCAAAGGGAAAUCGGCUCUGUUGCAGUUCAGUUUAUUUUCAUGGAUUUCUAGACCCAGCCCGGCGCUCAAGAGUGCCAUGUCUGUAGCCCAGUGCCCCCCCCCUCCCAUCAGAUAGGUCAAUCUGCUGGAAGCGGAAGAAGUUGGGGGGGCAGAGAGGUGAAGAGACCCUGAUCAGUUUUGUAUAAAUGUUUAAACUGUACAUAUUGAUGGAGGAACAAAAGAAGCUGCUAUACUAAAUUUGAAGUGGGGGGGUUGUCAUAGCGUGUCUCCAUAUGUCUCCUUUGAAAAGGGGGGGUCAGGACCUCUGCAGCCCCCUUCUUUUGUCUUAAAGUCACGAGCAGCCUUGUUCUUAUCAAACCACAGUUGGCUUAACCCUCAGGGAUGCAGGUCUCUGACCCCCCUUCCAUGUGAUCUCUGCCAGCUGCAGUACUGCCCCCCAGGGCAGCAUUACUGAGGGGGGUGAGCUGCAGCGGCACUGCGGGUGGAGCAGAAUCUCCAUGGUGUUUCCAUAGGUGGGGGCCUUUGUGGUUCCUCUAUGAAGUCAUUAGGAGAACCCACCCCCCUACAAAGAGUUUAUGACCUCUCUGAACAUUGUUCAGAUCUUUCUUUGAUGCCCCCCCAUGCGUUUCUUUUGUGCCUCAGCUGUGCAGCCUCAGCGCUUUACUGAUGUCUGAAGCCCCGCCCACUCUGGGCCCUGAUACCUUUUUCAUCAUGUUGUGUGAUGAAGAUGAAGAUGGAAACUGUUGGAGCUUCCUCUGUCACCACAUGAGACUGGCCCGACUCGUGAGGGAGACCCGGUUACAGGUUCACAUGAGACUGACCCGACUCGUGAGGGAGACCCGGUUAAAGGUUCACAUGAGACUGACCCGACUCGUGAGGGAGACCCGGUUACAGGUUCACAUGAGACUGACCCGACUCGUGAGGGAGACCCGGACUCAGCUGGAUUUCAUUUUGUUUUCCUGAUACCGGGUCACAACGCUUUUAGCUGCAAAUGAUUCCAAUCCACAACAGCAACAUGGAGUUACAACUAGGGCCGCCACGAUUAGUUGACUAAUUGAUGACAAAUCAACUAUUAAAUUAGUCGACGACUAAUUUAAUCGCAGAUUAGAGAAUACAUUUAUUUAGUCAUUGUCACAUGUACAACGAAAUUUAAAAGUCGUUACUUUAAAUUAUUUGGAGUCAGAGUGUUCUAAGGACAUUCUGCUAGCUUUUUGGACUAUUUUGGAAUUAAAGUUUUUAAUCUAUUUUGGAGUUAAGCUGAUGUUUCGGCUACAUGCUAGCUAUUUUGGCUAACAUUAUCACAGGUAACAUUAUAUACAGUAUGUAGUUUUAGUCAGUUUAAUGAUGGUUAUCAUGUGUGCUUUACAUCCAGUUUGCACAUGACCCAAUUAGUCGACUAAUUGGAAAAAAUAAUCGGUGAUAAGUCAACUAAUCGUUUGUGGCACUAGCUACAACAUGGCUAAACCACAAGUGCAUAAGUAGUGAGACCCCUAGUGGCCAAAAUGUGAUGUGCAGGAGGAGCAGUAAAACAGAAUGACUUUACCUCAACAACAGCUGUGCAUACCUGUUCUGAUGGGGCGGGUUUACUUCAUGCAGCAGACGGGAGUGUUCUCAGAACCUUUCCUUGUGGUGUCUGCAGUCUUCUCUGUCAGGUUUUUGUGGAGGAAAGCAAAAGGUGAGUGGGGCUGUCAGGAGGACGGACUAGGAGGUGAGAAGCGGUGGGUCUACAGUCAAACCUGCUGCAAACCGGAGACGCGCUCUGACAACCGGAUUGGACUUGUGUUGAAUGUUUUCUGUUUGGGUCUGAUGUCUGGUGCCUGACCAUGCUGCACAGCGGACACAUCAACAUUUCUGUUCUCUAAAACACUUUUUAUCAAAGUGUAUGAGCUCUGUAAAUAUGAAAUGAUUAUGAGUUUCAAUAAAGGAACUUUUGCUGUUAAAAGUGGAA